AUACAUGUAAAAUAAAUCUCAAGUUUAUUUCUUUCCCUCUCCUCCUGAAACUUGAUGAGAGAUUAAAUGUUUUAUGGGAUGGAGAGACAUUGAUAUUUAUGUUGUAGGUAUUAGCUUUCUCUUUCUGCAAACAACUCAUCAGCCAUCUUCUUCUCCGUCAACCUCUCUCGUAAUAGACUCUGUUUUGCUCUCUCUCUCUCUCUCUCUCUCUCUCUCUCUCUCUCUCUCUGCCUCGGUUUUGUGGCCUUUUCCUGUAUUUAACCAGGUAGAUUGCUAAAUGCACCCACUACCCUUUCUGUAUUUUUCAAAUUUGAUUGGUUCUGCAUUUCCAUCGGGGGAUUUUGGCUUCUGGGUUUCUCUCUGAUACUCCUAAUCUCUGCAAAGAAUGGCUGCUGCUACUGCAUUUCACCAAAGCAUUGGGACUCCUCACUCCCUUGGCCAUGUCAAUAAUUCCGGCUUGCAUCAAGAGUUUGCGAAAAGCUCAGUGAGAUUGAUUUCAAAGGGUUUUGAGGUUGAUAUUGGACUAUCAAAAACAGGAGGAUAUAACUCUUCCCAGAGAAACCUUAGUGUAAGUCGAGCCUCGGCUUCCCAGGCUUCAGUGAUUGAUAUGGUUUCAUCCCCAUCGCAUACCAAAGCCAAUGAUUCUCGAAAGAAAUCUAAUGAAGCAGCUUUGAUUUUGAUUAGGCAUGGCGAGUCAUUGUGGAACGAAAAGAACUUGUUCACAGGCUGUGUUGAUGUCCCUCUGAGCAAGAAGGGUGUAGAAGAGGCAAUUGAAGCUGGCAAGAGAAUCAGCAACAUACCUGUCGACAUGAUCUAUACAUCUGCACUGAUUCGUGCACAGAUGACUGCCAUGCUUGCCAUGACACAGCACCGUCGUAAGAAGGUCCCAGUUAUAAUGCAUAACGAGAGUGACCAGGCUAGGGCAUGGAGUCAGAUUUUCAGUGAAGACACAAUAAAGCAAACCAUUCCUGUCGUUGCAGAUUGGCGAUUGAAUGAAAGAAUGUAUGGGGAAUUACAGGGUCUUAAUAAGCAGGAAACAGCAGACAGAUAUGGGAAGGAACAAGUUCACAAGUGGCGUCGGAGUUAUGACAUUCCCCCUCCCAAUGGGGAGAGUUUGGAAAUGUGUGCUCAAAGAGCUGUUGCUUAUUUCAAAGAUCAAAUUGAACCCCAACUGUUAGCUGGAAAGAAUGUUAUGAUUGCUGCCCACGGGAAUUCAUUGAGAUCCAUAAUCAUGUAUCUUGACAAACUGACUUCUCAAGAGGUUAUCAGUUUAGAACUAUCAACUGGAAUACCCAUGCUUUACAUUUCCAAAGAGGGAAAAUUCAUUCGGAGGGGAAGUCCUGCGGGGCCUGCUGAGGCUGGGGUUUAUGCCUACACUAAGAGUUUGGCUCUUUACAGGCAGAAGUUAGAUGAGAUGGUUCAUUGGUGUGCUCCUUCCUAGUAUAGGGGCUUAUCUUUCGGCAGUCUUGUACCGGUUGCUUGCUUUCGUUCAAGUUUUUACGUGUAUAUGAAAUAUAUUGGUACGGUUCUCAAGCUCGCAGACCUGGCUACUCGUUUCUGUGUACUUUCUGUAUGUGUUUAGCAAGCAAAGUUAGUUAAAGUCAAUGUCUUAUAUGAGAGUGAAAGUUGUGUAUGUUGUUUUUUCCUCCCAGUUUGUAAUCGUGUAAUGAUAGAUUGAAAUAAACAAAAACAUUUUAGAUGGAGGAACAUCCCUCCCGUAUAGAACAUGUAGUUCAUCAUGUGAUCUUUGUUCAUAGAAUUAUUAUUUUUGUAAGCCAAAUUAUCAACACCAUUCAAAUUGUAUAAUUUAUUUUUAGGGUUAAUC